AAAAAAAAAAAAAAAAAAAAAGAUACCAAAGGAUAUCGAUAUAAUCUUCUCUAUUUCAGCAAUGCAGUAGAUCAUUAUGAAGGCCUGAAACUGGAUCUUUCGCGAGGACGACGGAACAAAUCAGUUGCUUUUGACACGAUUUCUAAGGGGGAUCGGAAACAGAGGGACCUUGUACGCAGAACAUACUCCCAUGCCUGUCGAUACUUGGAAUUUUUAGAAAUAGGAGGUCCAGGUUCUCUGUUAUCGAUGAACGCCACCAAAUUUGAUAUGGAAAAUCUUAAUAACGAAGAUAUUCUGUUACUGUGCGGUUAUCGCAAGCUCCACGCUUCUAUCGAAAAGCAAUCUAGAUCCUUGGAUUUCAUUGUAGCAGAAGAGCUUGUCAAAGGUCUUUUGGCUCAAGGCAUCGAGAGAGUCGAUAUCACGAAGGGACUUACCCGUUUGACAAAGCUCAUUUGCCGUCAUGUAGAUACGAAGUCACUUGCCGAGGGCGGCAAGAUACUCCCCAAACUUGUCACGACAGACAGCAAUGAAUACCGCAAGCGUGCUUCACGAUCGCCAGCAGAACCUGGACCUGGAAUAGAUGCCAGGUUACCCUCUCAUACCAUUUCUCCUCGACAACAAGGACCUAUACCCAUCUCUCAUGCUCUGCGAAGCCGGCAAUCAUAUCAUGCUGCAGAGACGCGCCUGAAUUCCUCCAAACGACGGAGAAUCUCUAGGAAUGAAGGCUUACAAACUCUGACGGAAUCAGACAGCAUGCAAGAAAAUGAAGAGACCUGCUUUAUGCCUUGUCCAAAUGCUUCACGAUUUAAUGCCGGGACGGGAGCCUAUGACCAGGGAGAUCACCAAACUGAAGGAACCUUAAAUACCCUUCGGUCAUUGGAACAUGGUUACGAAGACUACUUAGACACUACUGCUGUCGAAUUGCGCCGGCAGCCAUUCUUAUCAUACAUCAGCUCAUUCCAGGGUGAGCAGUCUUCAUACACCUUUCGAGACCUCGAGUACGAACCAAGAUCAUCGUCAAAUGCUUCAAACGGGGUAUUGGAUCAAUUCUGUUCACCAGAAAAUGAAGACACAAUGGGAGAGGCGAGCAGUGUACCGAGCUUCGGUGAUAUUAGGGAGGAAGAAGAUAAAGAUGACAGCGAAUUACCUUCAGUGGUGGUCAAAGAUCUUCGCAUUGGGGAGCAACGUUUAGGAGAUCUCGAUUUGUUUACUCUCUACUAA